CGUGCCACCACAAACCGUGCUCUCCACACGCCAGUUCCCCCCCUGACAUGAGGCAUGAAGCGUCCACUUGUAUGUCCACCACUCCUCUUGGCGCUGUACUGUUUUGUCGGCGCGGGGCUCGCACUCAACUACCGAGAUGACUACUGGAACGGAGAUAGUGCGCAAGAUGAAUUGGAAGAUGAUCAUCACUUCGUCAAUGAUUGGGCUGUAAAGAUUAGAGGCGGCGUGGGACAAGCGUAUCAGUUGGCGAAGGAAUUCGGCUACGAUAACCUUGGACAGUUACGAGGAUUCCGGGACACGUACCUGAUGCGAAAAUCGGACCACCCGCGUCGGUCGAAACGAGGGGCCCGGCACAUCACCAAACGGCUCGUCGACGACGACAGGGUACUGUGGGCGGAGCAACAGGUCGUUCGAAAGCGCGCCAAGAGGGAUCACGUUGAAGAGGGUCCUCUAUGGAUGAGAAACCGUUGGGAGACGUUUCGGUUCAACGAUCCACUGUGGACUCAUCAGUGGUACAUUUUUGACACUCGGAACAUGCCCGAGAUGCCCGAGAUCCACCACCAGGUGACCAAAGUGUGGGACAUGGGAUACACGGGCAAGGGAGUCGUCAUCACUAUCAUGGACGACGGUCUUGAGUGGAACCACACGGAUAUCUUUCCAAACUACGCACCGGAGGCCAGUUACGAUUUCAACGAUGACGACAAUGAUCCGUUUCCCAGAUAUGACCAACUCGACUAUAACAACCAUGGAACGCGCUGUGCCGGUGAAAUAGCCAUGGUUGCCAAUAACAACAACUGCGGCGUUGGUGUCGCGUAUGACGCCAGAGUUGGCGGUAUCCGCAUGCUGGACGGCGACGUCGUAGACGCCCUCGAGUCGACUUCUCUCGCUUUCAACGUGGACGGCAUCGACAUCUUCAGCGCCUCUUGGGGUCCCACGGACGACGGGCGCACAGUUGACGGACCUAAACAGCUUGCCAUAGAAGCUUUUGAAAAAGGAGUGACGGAGGGACGCGGUGGAAAAGGAACAAUCUAUGUGUGGGCUUCGGGCAACGGCGGUGCCAGAGGAGACAACUGCAACUGUGACGGAUAUGCCAGUUCCCCUUACACUCUAUCGGUGUCCAGCGCUAGUCAGCAGGGGCAAUUCCCUUACUACGGAGAGAAGUGUGCCUCUACUAUGGCAGCUACCUAUUCAUCGGGGGCAUACUCCGACCAGAAAAUCGCCACUUCGGACUUGCACAACAAGUGCACGACGGAACAUACGGGCACUUCGGCUUCCGCACCGUUAGCCGCAGGAAUCAUAGCUCUUGUUCUUCAAGCAAAUCCACGACUGACAUGGAGAGACGUGCAACACCUAGUCGCGUGGACUUCUGACUUCGAGCCUCUAAAGAACAAUCGGGGCUGGAAGCGCAACGCCGCUGGUCUACUGUACAACAGCCGGUUUGGCUUCGGACUUAUGGACGCCCAUGGCAUCACGAUGGCAGCGCUAAACUGGACAAACGUGUUGCCACAAAGAUUACGUACCAUUGAGCCUACGAAGAAAUACAGGUUUCCGAUUCCAAUCUCGUCUGGCAACGAGGUUAAUGUGAGUUUCGAAGUGGAGGACGUCCCAGGAAGCCAGCACCACAUCGGCUCGUUGGAGCACGUGCAGGUCCACGUCGACAUACAAUACUCUCGCAGGGGACACCUGGAUGCGUACCUCGAAUCGCCCUCAGGGUCCGUGAGUGUGUUGCUCUUUCGCCGUGCCAAUGACGUCAGCAAGAUGGGCUUCCGCAAUUGGACAUUCAUGACGGUUCAUUUCUGGGGAGAGAACCCAACGGGGCUCUGGAAGCUCGUCUUCAGAGACAAGAGGGGUUCCCGUGACAACGGCAGGAUAAACUCGGUAUCCUUAAUACUCCGCGGCACUAAAGAGCAGCCGCCUGCAGUCGCCGCAGGAGGAGGGAGGCGCCACUAUCGGGGUCAGCACCUCGUGCCAAAUAUCCUCGACUACCAGCCCGAAUACGAAGCAGAAGACGAAAAGACGGAAGGCCCUCCGCGCUCCAACCAUCUAGCGACGACGCCUCCUGAGCGUAACGCCUGGACACGGUUCUGGUCGGACGCUCUGUCAGCGCGGUACAUCCUGCCGCAAACCCUUUUAGAACGAUCGGAGCUCGCCUUCUAGAUGCGACUGUACCGUUUCAACCACCAAAUGUUGCCUCUGACUGUAGUAACAUCCUGUAAAUAUCUGGGAUAGGGAGGGAAGAAGCGAAUGGUGCUUCACUGUCUUCGCAUAUUGGGAAAACAGUUGAUGAUAUAUGCGGUCCUGAUUGAUUGACUGAUUGAUUGAUUGCAAAAGAAAGAUAUAGAGAUUGAGCCCCGACAAAACUCGGGACAGGCUACUGCAGAGCACGUAAGCACAAGAGGCAGUAGAAAAACAAAACAAAUGCAACCCCAAAACGUCAAAGAGACAUAAGAAACAAGUGGGGCCCCAACUAAUGGAUGAGUCCAGUUUAUACGAGACUAUAGUUGAAAACUCCGUAGACAGAAUAGCACUCAACGCACUGCGCAAUGUACCCUGUCCUUGGGACAGUAGCCGAUGAACAUGGAGGCUUCAGAGGGUGUCGAGAAUACCAUAUUAUAAAUAUAUAUAUAAAAAAAUACGCAGGUGUCUCACAGCGUUGGUGUGUCCCAUUUGUGACACCGCCUACUACGAGCAAAGUGCAGAAUUUUAUUUACGUCUAUAAAGAAAUAUUGCCGGUUUAGGCGUCGAAAUGAAAUAGGUUCAACGAUGACGACAGACCUAGACCAAAACAAUAUCACCGGCAAUUGAGAAAGUCAUUUUUGCGGCUCUGGCGGUGUAGUAGACGGGGAUUUUGCCAGCCCCACCGCCUAGAAAUUCCAUAAAAUUUUCUGAUACGAAUGUAUCUUACAGAAAUAUGCACUGAGGUGUCUAAAGUGAUGUUGGACUCCCCACACUCAAAUGAAAUUCCUACGCAAAUCCUUUUAGGUAACGUUUCCUUGAGUAUGAGGGGAAGACACGAAGAGACGAACUCAACUUUUUGAGUUCGUUCCUUCGAGUCUCUUGUCUUCGUGUCUCCUCCUCGUACUCAAGGAAAUGUCUACAAGUUCAUUACACCAGCUUGCUUGCCGCUUAUUUAUUUGCUCAACGAAUCAUUUGGUGUAGAAACAACGUUUGUAUAAAAGUUAGCGAUUUUGUGCGCGCCAGAGUUAUAAAAUGUUGCAUUCGUUCGGAAUUCAACUCGCAAUUACAGACACGUUCUCGUGGCGUUUUUUUUUUAAAUAUCACGUGGACGCACUAAAAGGCCUCAUUUUGACGUGGUCUUGCAUUUUGUUCAGAUCAAUAAAUCACAAGGACACAGAGUAUGACGAGAAUUACGCAUGUGCAAUAGGGUACAUGUCAAAUGAACGCCAUUUCAGUUACAAAGCACAAUUCACAAAUUUAAGAUAAUCCGUCUUUUCGUGGUCAUGAUUGAAAAACACUGACCUGCAGGGAACACCGUCUCAAAAACUCUGCAACGCAGAAACUGAAACCAACUGAUAAUGAUGUUCACGAAAGAUAAAAAAGAACUGAUGUUGAUGAUGUCGAUGGAAUUCUCCAUUUGGCGUGCAUUCUACUAAACCUCCAUUGUGAUACAUUGAAUCAUGUACAGGAGUGCCGGCUGUGUGUGAAAAGACUUGUAUGUAAAGUAUGUAAAGGAUAUGUUUGUGUCACGAACUAAUAGCCUGGCUGACGCGUCGUCGCUUAUUAAAACGAGUGUUUGUUUCGCUUCAGUGUGAACGGGAUGAAUGGGAUGUAUUUAUUUGCUCAAACUUCGUUUGUAACAAUAAAAGAUAUGU